AAUAGUCAUCCAGGAAUGAUUUGUCUUUGUGGACGCUCCAUUCAUGAGAAUCUUCGCUCGAAAGUCAACGACUCGACGAAUUGUCUCGAUUACGAUACAUGGCAGGACUUCUCCACAGACAAUCAGAAUGAGAGGAUGCUUUCGUACCAUACUUUCAGAAGGAUGACCGAUUCAUUAUUGACUGAAUCAGCUACAGAUGCUGUUAAUCUUCUCCGAACACGUUUUAUUGGAUAUCUCGGCGAUAAAUCUAUCUCAGACAUGGAGCAACGGAAAUUAGCAGAUUUCCUAACUGCAGAAGGGGUGCUGAUAAGUCUUGGUGGCAGUAACUACUGUAUGGCCUCAGCAUUCAUUGACUCGUUUGAAAGCCAAGGAGAAUUAUUGGAUAUUCUGGAGACUAUGAAGAUUGCUCUUCGAUUUUUCGAUAAAAACUUGAUUAUGCAGGCGGGAAGUCGAUCAUACAAAGGAUCGGGGGAAACAGUUAAGGUUAUGGGCAACUGCAAUGUCAGUGUCCCUCGAGAGAGCGUCUAUGACACGGAAUUGAUGAGGGUUCUCACCAACUGGCUAAACAAAGCAGAAGAAUAUGAGAUCAUUGGUCAGUGGCACCUCCGUGAGCUUGAGGACCACAAAUAUAACCAUAUCAGCAAGACGCCAACUUACAGACGCUUACUCUCAGCAGAAGAAGCUUGGCACCCACACUGGCAAACCGACGCGGAACUGGAGCAAGGGGUGAAUUUGGUGCAUUUCUGGCACGAUAGAGAUUUUAAUACAGUGCGGAUGAGUGCUCGCUGGAAGGACAGGAGUGGCAAUACUCAAAGAAUUGACAAUGAGCUAUUGACUGUCUAACAGCAAUUCUAUUUUUUUUUUUUUUAUCCAACAUUGUAAGGAACAUCCAAACGCCCCUCAUAUUUUUUGAUAUCGGCUUGUAAUUUUGCAGAUCUGUUUAAAUAGCUGUUGCUUUGUAUAUUUCGCAUUGAUUGUAUUAAAACACUCUCUCUUCAUUAAUGAUAAACAGUUUACAUUAUGUAUCUAUACCUUAAUCUAUAUUUGUAUAUUAGUCAGAAAGGCU